AUGGCUGUGGCCGCCGCGCUCUGCGCCCUCGCGCUCCUCGCCGGCCGCGGCGCCGCGGCAGCGGACGUGGCGUCGCGGGUCGGCGCCCAGAGCCUGAUCGUGGGCGCCGACGCCGCGGUGUCGCCGAGCGCAGCGCCAGCGACCAGGCAGAUGCGCAGGGAACACCUCGAGGAGCCGCGCCCGCGCGAGGCCGAAGCUGCGCGCUGGGACCAGGUGAAGCAGGAUCUGCAGCAACGACUGCAGCAGCAGCUCACGCAGCUGCAGUCGCGGACGGUGGAGCAGAAGCAGGAGCAGUCGCCUCAGUCUCUGUCGCAGGCGCAGCCAGAGACGUGGAAGCAGAUGAAGGAAUCGCAGCCCGUGGAGCGGCAGCCAGAUUCCCAGCCGCCUGAGCCGCAGUCGCUGCUGCAGGAUGCCCAGCCGCAGGCGCGGCAGGCACAGCAGGAGCAGCAGCCGCUGCAGCAGCAGCACCAGCAGCAGGAGGCGCAGAAGCAGGAUCUGCCGCAAGCACAGCUGGAGCUGCAGCAGGCACAGCCAGGGUACGGCCAGCCGGUGCACUACGGCCAACAGGUGCAGAACGGGUACAGUCGGCCGCCGCAGUACAGCCAGCCUGUGCAGUAUGGCCAGCCGGUACAGUACAGCCAGCCGCCGCCGCAGUACAGCCAGCCAGUGCAGAGCAGUCAGCCAGCGCCGUACGGCCACCCACAUUACGCUCCACACAACAUCAUGGAGGCCCAGCAGGAGGUCAACGCUUUCGAAGCGGUGGCGGCCCGGGCCGUGGUGCAGUCGGGCGUGCACCCGGCGGAGCCAGUCCAGUCGACGACCCAGCCGUGCUUCGGGGGCGGGCCCUGCGAGGACACGGCGACGGUGGAGGAGGACACCACGGUCUACUUGUGCAUCAUCGGGAUCGCCUUGCUGGCGAGCAUCGGCUACUGUCCACUGGGUACAUGA